AUGCAGUGGUUAGGAUUAGUUGCUCUUAUCUUGCUGCCAACUAUCUCUUUUCAACUCGGGAAAUCCGACAGGAAAGCAAAACAGGAGAAAAAAGAAGAAGAGAAGCAAAUUCAAAAAGAAACUGAAACGGAGCAGUCGCUUCACCUUGCUCAUCCUCCAUCUAGUGUGACAAAGCAGAGCAUCUUGAAAAAUCACGAAAAUGUGGAUUUUACUGAGCGAAAGUUUGAGAAUGCGAUGUUGGUCUACGUUACUCCGGUCGUGGAAUUCGAAGGGCUACGAUCUUGCAAAAUGGGUGUCGCACAAGGUAACUCAUGUGUCACCGGUAUGGCUUCAGGUCUGUUACCACUGCUUUGA